AUAAAUGAUUGGAUGAAGAAAAAGACGAUAUUCCAGACACACUUCACAAAAACCCAUCUGUAGAAUGUAAAACCCUCCAUUUUUAACUCUCUUUCCGAAUCCAUUGUUAUGGUUUAAGCUUCUCAAAUGGCGGCUCAACGACUACAUUUUCAAAACCUCACUCUCAGAACUCCCAAAACCCUCGUAAAACCUUCAUCAAGACGACGAAUCUUCUUCCCUCGCGGAGCUCACUCCCUACCUUCUCCUCCAGACUUCCAUUCCAACCAUGAGCUUGGAACCCUGCAAAACCAACAAUACCCAGAACAAGUUUUCUCGUCGGAUUCUCUAUCGGACUCUUUCUUCGUGGAGAAAAUUUUGCUGGGCUUGAAGCAAGGUAAUCCCAAUUCCUUGCGAAAUUCUCUUUCCCGUUUGAACCAAGUAGUUGUGGUCGAAGUUCUUUAUCGGUGCCGUGAAAAUUUGCAACUGGGUCUGAAAUUCGUUGAUCAAAGUUUGUCACUUUGUCCGAAUUUGAAACAUUCUACACGGUCUCUGAGUGCGAUGAUUCACGUUUUGGUGCGUGGAAGGAGGUUGUCAGAUGCUCAAGCUUUGAUUCUUAGAAUGGUGAGGAGGAGUGGAGUUUCUCGAAUAGAAAUUGUUGAUUCAUUGGUUUCGACUUGUAGUGGUUGUGGUUCGAAUUCUCUGGUUUUUGAUUUGUUGGUUAGGACUUAUGUGCAGGCUAGAAAGUUAAGAGAAGGGUCCGAGGUGUUCCGGAUGGUGAGAAGCAAAGGGUUUACCGUCUCUAUAAAUGCUUGUAAUAGUCUUCUUGGUGGGCUUGUAAAGGUUGGUUGGGUUGAUUUAGCUUGGGAAGUAUAUGGGGAAGUUGCUAGAAGUGAGAUGCCUUUGAAUGUUUAUACACUCAAUAUCAUGGUUAAUGCAUUGUGUAAAGAUCACAAAGUUGAUAGUGUUAAGUUGUUCUUAUCAAAAAUGGAAAAAAGGGGGAUUCUUCCUGAUAUUGUGACAUAUAAUACACUAAUCAAUGCGUAUUGUCGCGUAGGGAUGUUAGAAGAAGCUUUCGAUUUGAUAAAGUCUAUGUCUUGUAAAGGGUUGAGACCUGGACUUUUCACAUAUAAUACUAUAAUAAAUGGAUUGUGCAAAUUGGGAAAUUAUGCAAGAGCAAAGGAAAUGUUGAAUGAAAUGUUGCAUAUUGGAUUGAGCCCUGAUACUACUACAUAUAACGCAUUGCUCGUUGAGAGUUGUAGACAAAAUGAUGUUUCAGAGGCUGAAGGAAUUUUUAAUGAAAUGUCUUGUAAGGGUGUUUCUCCAGAUUUAGUUAGCUUUAGCUCUCUAAUUGGGUUGUUUUCAAGGAUUGGUCAUCUUGAUAGGGCAUUGGAGUAUUUUAAAGCUUUGAAAAUUGCAGGUUUGGUUCCAGAUAACGUGAUAUAUACCAUCCUUAUAGAUGGGUAUUGUAAAAAUGGCAUAAUGUCAGAGGCUUUGAUGAUGUGGAAUGAAAUGGUACAGCAGGGCUGCGUUAUGGAUGUGGUUACGUACAACACUCUUUUGAAUGGAAUGUGUAGGGAGAAGAUGCUUGCUGAUGCAGACCGUCUGUUCAAUGAGAUGGUGGAAAGAGGUGUUUUCCCUGAUUUUUACACUUUAACCACACUCAUUAAUGGAUACUGUAAAGAUGGGAAUAUGAGUAAAGCACUUCAUUUAUUUGAGAUGAUGUCGGAAAGAAAUCUCAAGCCUGAUAUAGUUACGUAUAAUACAUUGAUUGAUGGGUUUUGUAAAGUAGGUGAAAUGAAAAAGGCUAAGCAGUUAUGGGAUGAUAUGAUCUCUAGAAGCAUAUUCCCCAAUCAUAUUUCUUAUGGAACUUUGAUAAAUGGAUAUUGUAGCAUGGGUCAUAUAUGUGAGGCAUUCAGGUUGUGGGACCUAAUGGUUGAAGAAGGUAUCAAACCCACGCGUGUAACUUGUAACACUAUCAUAAAGGGCUUUUGCCGAUCAGGUGAUUCAGCGAAGGCAGAUGAGUUUUUGGAAAAAAUUAUUUCACAAGGAAUUGUUCCCGAUAGCAUUACAUAUAACACUUUGAUUAAUGGAUAUGUUAAGGAAGAAAAUCUGGACAAAGCUUUUGUUUUGAUUAAUAAGAUGGAAAAACAAGGGUUAUCACCAGAUGUUUUUACAUACAAUGCAAUUCUUGAAGGGUUCUGUAAACAAGGUAGAAUGCAAGAAGCUGAGUUAGUGUUGCAAAAGAUGAUUGAAAGAGGUGUAAAUCCUGAUAGAUCCACAUACACGUCGUUGAUAAAUGGACAUGUGUCCCAGGACAACUUGAAGGAGGCAUUUCGCUUCCAUGAUCAAAUGUUGCAAAGGGGAUUUAUACCGGAUGAUAAAUCCUAAUGUGCUUCUCUUGUUGCUUGAGGAAUUUCUGGAAAGCAUUGAAAUAAAAAAGAGAAGGAUUUUGGGGCCGCUUCAAAGUGCUUUAUAUACGUUUUCUUUCAUACUUGGGAAACGAGUUUGUCAUUAGUGUGUUUUCAAAUAUCCAGUGAAAGGGAUCCGUUUAGGUAAAAUGUAAAUAUGUUGUUUUCUAAGAUAUUUAAGCUGUACACAUAAAUGGUCAUGUGAAAAAAGAAUAUACAAAAAUAAAGAGUGGAGAUUUUCUUAGGUAAAGGGUGUUCAAUAAAUAAACAUGGUACUUAUAAGCAAAACUCCAUUUUUAUGGAAUUAAAUAAAAAUAAAUAAAGCUGACAUUGCUAGUUCAAGUAAGUCUAGGUCUAGAACUUUGAUUGGCUAAUAGUGCUGCAUCAAUAAGUAGGUGGAAGAGACGAACCAACUAAACUAGGUAGGUGGAAGAGCUGAGUUGACAUGACAAAUUGUAUUUGCUUCUUCUACUUCUCUCUCUCUGUGUCUCUGUUUCCCUUUCAGUUUAUUCUCUUUAUCAAUGUUCUCUUUCUCUAUCUUGGAUCUGAGGUCAAGGUUGGCGAGGGAAAAAGAUUAUGCAGUAUAUGUCCUAUAAUAGUUACACUUUUUUCAUUGUUUGCUCAUUAAUACUGAGUUUGACAUAUUUGUUCUCAAUCUUUGGCAAUAAACCUGUAAUCUCAGGUGUGUUCUCUUCUUGAAUAAGUCAUUCCUUUUAUUGCAUAGGUAGAUUGGUUUUUAUCUUGGUGGAGUAAGAUUACUAGUCUACUGUCUCAGACUAUGGUUUUAUUGCUUUUUAUAUGUCUCUCUCAACAUUGUUUGUAUAUAAUGUUUGUUAAGAAGCAGUUUCUCAGUUGCAGGUUUUAAUUGUGGCAUGUUCUUGUUAUCACUUGGUAUUAGAUCUAUGGAUACUGCUAUGGGGCUAAAGAAAGACAACUUAAGCUAUUAUAGGAGAGGUCAAUGGCAGGUGCUCGUGUGUGCUAAGAUUAUACAUAUGGAAUUGGAAACCCUCUUAUAGCCCCAUUACAUGCGGUACGUGGUGAAGUUGGCUGCUUUUGUAGCAUUUUGCAUGAGCCAUAAGUUGAACUUUACUAAAGUGUUUGAAAAUGAGACUUAACCACUGAAAAUACAUUAUUGGGAAGGGUGGUAUCUUGGUGGUAUACAAAAUUAUUUGGCAUUGGUUUGCCAUACUGCUGCAGCUCUGCUCAAAGUUGGGUCAUUUCUCUCCAUUCCAGUAGAAUUUUGAAAUCAAGAAAUGAGAAGUUGCUUCAGAUUGAAGAGAGCAAAUUCGAAACUGGGGACAUUUGGUAGCCAGUGCUUGGUAUAUAACAUGUAAUGGAUAUUCAUGGAGUACAAAUUAUUCGAGGCAAGCUCAGGGCAGCAUAUUUCUAGAAGGGAAAAGCUUUCUUGGAGAUUAAAAGGUUGAGGGUUUAGUUUCCACGUUUGGAUUGAUAUCGUAUUCUGUCUAAUAAAAAGAUAGGAACUGAUUCCCUGGUGGGUGAUGGAUAAAUUAAUUUUCAUCCUUUUAAUGC